AUGGCUCUUCUUAAUGUCUCAAACUCUGAAACUUUCUCUGCCAUUCUUAGUUUGAAAUCCAAAGAUAGCCAAAAACAGGAUUUAGAAAGGUUGCAAUUUGAGUUGGAUCAUCAUGGAUGGUUUCAAUUUGAUUGUGAACCUUGGCUCGUCGUGGGUCUUGAUGUCGAAUGGCAUCCAAGUUUCAGCCGCAGUGUUGAGUACAAGGUUGCCAUUUUACAGCUUUGCGUGGAACGCACUUGUCUGGUAUUUCAACUCCUUUACGCAGAUCACAUACCCAAUUCUCUCAUCGAUUUCUUGAAAAACCCGAAUUUGAAGUUUGUUGGAGUAGGAAUCGAGGAGGAUGUCGAGAGGCUAUUGGAGGAUCACGAAUUGAAUGUCUUGAACAAUCUGGAUCUUCGUUCCUUGGCUGCAAAGAGGUUGAGUAUGCCGAAGCUUAGGAGUUCUGGGUUGAAAGAGCUAACAAGAGAGGUACUUGGAAAAGAAAUAGGGAAGCCCGAGAAGGUAACGAUGAGUAGAUGGGAUGCAGAGUGGCUCACAUACGAUCAAGUUCAAUAUGCUUGCCUCGACGCUUUUCUUUCUUUCGAGAUUGGAAAGAGUUUGUUGCAGAAGAGACGAAGAACUGGAGAAUGAGACCUAAAUUAAUUCAUUAUUGAACGACAUAUGGGUUUUUG